UCUCUCUCUCUCUCUCUUUAUUUUCUUUCUCUCUUCUCUCUUAAAAUCACUAUUCGGUGCUUUCCUUUCCCUUUUCAAAAACCCUAACAAAGAUUUUUCCCCCAAAUCAUAAAAUCCGUUUCUUCUUCCCAAUUCACACGAAACGUUUCGCGGCUUUUCUUUUGCAGAUCUUUACACCAUCAUCAUCGCUGGUCUUUGUUGUCUUCGAGGUUUUUUCAUCUCUCUCUGUCUCUCUCUCUACCAGCUAGAGCUUGUGUGUGAGGGCUAAUCCUUGUGGUGGAUAAUCCGAGAUCGUUUGGCAUUGGCGAGGAGCACAGCAGGACACUUGGCUGGAAGAAUAAGUUAUUCAGCCGUGGGAUUGGCGUCGCAGCGCCCAAAGCUAGAACGCGUGACAAACCCAUGACUUGGUUCUCAAGUCUCUAAAAGCUUCUGGGGGCUUUUGGGGUGUGUGCUUGCUUGUGUGUGAGAGUGUUCAGGAAGGGUCAGGACAGAUAAAGAAUUUAUACGCGAAUUUGAAUAUAUAAAAUGACUCGGAUUUUGGUUCAGCGAGGUGGUUCUGCUUCGAAUGCUGGUUCUUCUUCAAACCCGAAUAGGAAUUCUAAUGCUUCCUUUCCUGGCUCUUCUUCAGCUCGGCCAGAGUCACAGCCUCAGCCUGCUCCUGCUCCUUUGAAAGAUGAGGAAAUUAGGGAUGAGGUGCAAGAACAAGUUGUGGUGGAGGAGAUCUUGGAGUUUUGUGGUACUAGUGACAAUAAGUCAGCGAAAAGUGAUGAUCUUUCGAUGGAAAGGGAAAGCUUUUGUAAUGAUCAGAAUGAGGGGCUGAGUGAUGAAAGUGCAGAUAGUGAGAAAGCUGGCAGUGAUGAAAGUAUGGGUUUAGGAGAAGAGUUGAUGAAAGGGAUGGGAGGGCUGAGAAUUUCAGAGAGGCUUGCAGUUGAAACGGAGGGUUCAAGUGGUAAUUCUUCUGUGACAGUUUGUGGUAGUUCACAUCCACCCCCUCCGCCUGUCCCACCUCCGAAACCUUCAUUGGGAAACUCGACUUCUAGGAGAUGUGUACCGGGAAAUUCAAAUGCAAUGCGUAUUGGAUCAUCCAGAAGAGCAGUUGCCUGGCCUGUUGUUUCAACAAGGACUUCACCCACUGGGUCACGGCCUAGUUCUCCCAGGUCUCAUGGUGAAAGCGAGGGGUACAAUAGCUCUGAUGAGCAGAAUCCUUGCAAUGUUUCAUCCUAUGAUGAUAACGAAAGAGAACGGCAAUUUGAGAUUGAUAUUAGAAGAGCAAAAGGGUUUGAAGUUAAGAGAAUGCUGGAGGAUGGAAAUUGUCUCUUCCGUGCUGUAGCAGAUCAGGUUUAUGGGGACUCAGAAGCGUAUGAUUUGAUCAGACAAAUGUGCAUCGACUAUAUGGAGCGGGAAAGAGAUCACUUUUCUCAAUUUAUAACAGAAGGUUUUACAUCUUAUUGUAAGCGGAAGAGAAGAGACAAGGUCUAUGGAAACAAUAUGGAGAUCCAAUCCUUAUCUGAAAUGUAUAAUCGGCCAAUCCAUAUUUAUUCCUAUAGCACAGAACCUAUCAACAUCUUUCAUGGAAGCUAUAACACGGACACACCUCCCAUUCGGCUAAGUUAUCAUCAUGGGAAUCAUUACAACUCUCUUGUUGACCCACGUCGUUUGACCAUUGGUGCAGGACUUGGAUUCAGCUGUCUUCGUGGGAGAAAUGUUGAUAAGGAUCAAGUCAAGGCUGCAAUUAAGGCUCAACAGGACCAACAGAUUGAUAAUGCACUUCUAGCUGAGGGUCGAUUUUACUCUGACCUUGAGCUCACCGAGAAGGAAAUUGAACGCAUGGUGAUGGAAGCCUCUCGGGCCGAGUAUCUUGCAGAUGACUCAUACAAGCAGCAACUUGGCUGCAGAGAAUCUUCUACCUCUGGUGCUGAACCAUCAUCUUCUGGAGCUAGCAGUGAGACCAAGGUGGAAUGUGGAAGAGAGCGUGGUGUGCAGAAUUAUGUCCUUAGCAACAGCAUGCAGACAGUUCUGUCAAUGGGGUUCAGUUAUCUGCAGAUGAUUGAGGCCUAUAGCUUAUUUGGGGAGGAUGUUGAUUCUAUGGUCUGUUACUUGUUGGAAACUGGCAGCAGCGGCAGACGCAAAGGAAAGGCAACUGAAUGAGUUUCCAAACCAAGACAUGGGCUGCAUGUGAAUUUGACUUCAACAUGCCGAAAAUCGUAGCAUUGGUUUAAGAAAAACCAUUUCUAUAAACAAAAGGCCUGUGAGCUCUAUUAAUGUCCUCUGAAUUUAGUCAAAUAAAAUGUAUCUACUAGUGUAAUACUUAUAUAGAAGUCUAACUCCUAUAUGCAAUUAAGUCAUUAGUUUGAAUAAGCCCUCUGAAAUUAAAAUGUCAUAGACUAGUAGUGUGGUGAUGGCAACAGUCAGGGCCACCAUGGUCUCUGUGAUAGUAAUGCUGGCCGAUUGAUAGGUACAAUAUGUUAGAUUAGGUUGAUUUAAUGAUUGAUCACCUUGAAGGCUUCGAGUA